GGCUCUAGAGGCUGGUGGACGCCAUUGCUUUUUACAGAAGCACUGUCAUCUAUGAAAUAUUUCAUUCGACAUGUUUCAAAAUGGAACACCCUGACUCAGGCUCAUUGGAAUAUCUCUCAUCAUUAUAACUUGGCAAAAAUUAGCAAGGAACAUCACAUUUUAGAGAUUGGAUUUGGUUGGGGAACUUUGGCUAUGGAAGUUGUCAAGCAAACAGGAUGUAAAUAUACUGGAAUAACUCUCUCCAAGAAGCAACUGAAUUAUGCACAAUCGAGAGUUGAGCAAGAAGGCCUUCAGGAUAUGAGUGUGGGCACAUCAUGGAACAUAUUAAUGCCAGAGACAGUGUCUUAAUUGAUGCUGCAAGCCUGGUUAUUGCAGUAAUAUUGAAGUUGAUACCUAUUGAACAUAAUAAUAUGUAUGCAAAGAUCACUGAUCAGCACCCUGGCUCAGUUGUAUUCUCAGUUGUAUUCGAUCCAUUAAAAAUCUUCACAUUUUUAUUGUUGCUAUUGUGAAUAUGAUGUACUAACAUAUUUCAUGUGGACUUCGACUUUAAUAUGGUAUUACCGA